CCUGGCUUCACCAACUGCUGUCCCAGUAAUAACCAACUCAGAAACUGAAUACACCAAUCAAUAAAUAAGGCUGUCUUAAGAGGUGACAUGAACCUUGAAGAGUAUUUUGCAAGAACUGGCUAUAAAGGUUCCACUGAAAAACAAGAUUUGGAAACCUUAACUGAUAUAUUCCAGCACCACAUCCGUGCUGUUCCCUUCGAAAACCUCAGCAUCCAUUGCGGGGAGAAAAUCACUUUGGAGUUGGAGCAGGUUUAUAACAAGAUCGUGCGGAGGAAGCGGGGGGGCUGGUGCAUGGAAAACAACCAGCUGCUGGGCUGGGUGCUGAAAAGCCUGGGUUAUGAUGCCAGCUUUCUGGGAGCUUAUGUGUUCAAUCCGCACCAAAACGCCUAUGCCACCAUCAUGACCCACCUCCUCGUAAAGGUGGUUAUUGAGGGCAAGCCCUACAUUGUUGACGGGGGCUUUGGCGUAUCCUAUCAGAUGUGGCAACCGAUGGAGCUCGUGUCAGGGAAGGACCAGCCCCAGGCUCCCGGCAUCUUCCGCUUCACAGAACGAAAUGCCCUCUGGUACCUUGAGAAACUGAGGCGCAAGCAGCACAUCCCCAACCAGCACUUCUCCAACUCCGACCUUCUGGAGAAAAAAGAGUGCCGCCAAGUCUACAUGUUCACUCUGGAGCCACGGACAGUGGAAGACUUCCGUUUCCAGUGCACAUACCUUCAGACCUCUCCAGAUUCCCUCUUUACAAAGAAGUCCAUCUGCACCCUCCAGACCACCGAAGGUUUUCGGGCGCUAAUUGGGUGGACACUCACAGAGACCACAUACAACUACAAGGAAAAUACAGAUCUGGUGGAAUUCGUAACGCUGGAAGACGAAGAGGUGGAAAAAACACUCAAGGAGAAAUUCAACAUAACCCUAGAUAGAAAACUUGUCCCAAUUAACAUCAAAGGAUUUUACACAAUCUAGAUGACCAGAGAAACCUGUGGCCCUAUGUACAAUAACUUCUGCUCUCUGCACAACUGCUACUGUGAGAUGAUGGGAUCAUAGAAUCAACCAGGUUGGAAGAGACCUGCAAGAUCAUCCAGUCCAACCUAUCCCCCAGCCCUAUCCAGUCAACUAGACCAUGGCACUAAGUGCCUCAGCCAGUCUUUUCUUGAACACCUCCAGGGACGGUGACUCCACCACCUCCCCGGGCAGCCCAUUCCAAUGCCAAUCACUCUCUCUGCCAACAACUUCCUCCUAACAUCCAGCCUAUACUUCCCCCGGCACAACUUGAGACUGUGUCCCCUUGUUCUGUUGCUGCUUGCCUGGGAGAAGAUCCUCUUGCAGGCAACUGAAGGAAAAAAAUACAUUAAUACCAGAUUAAAGUGAAUUUCACUCUCUGAAAAAAUCAGGAAUUUAAGACUCUUCUGUCAGGCAGAUAGAUGUGAAAUGACUGCGGUUCAAUUUUUGGCACAAAUGUAGGAUCUGAUUUGAAUCUGGUUAUAAACUUGGGCAAUAAAUAUGCCGGGGGGAUUCUGGAGUGCCUACAGCACAUAAAUAAGAGUAUAGAAUAUUAAUUGUGGUAGGCUGCCAGCACAUUUUCUAUGGUUAUUAUAGGGAGAAAAAGCAUCUGUGAGCAUUUAGACAAUAAAGUAUACACUUAAACCUUUGUUUUUCACAAGAUCUAACCACUUGCAGCAGUUCUCAUUUCUCUGUCUUUAACAUAAGUAAAACAAUGUCACAUUUGAAGGGAGCAUUCAGAAGCAUAGCACUUUCCUUGUCAGAAGAAACACAGUACAGAAUUGAAGUGAUCAUCAUAUGCAUCCCUUUUGUCACGGCUGCAGGAAACUGCCCUGGUUUUGGUACACAGGCACUUUCUGGUGAUGCACAUUGUCUAUACUGCAGCACUGCUGCAGCUGAUGGGCUCUAAGGAUACACCCACAAGCCUUGCUUCUGAUGAGUAAUCACCCUAUAAAGGGUGAGUGGUGCUUAAACAUCACAAGUGGCUUAGAUUUACUUCUGCCCCAGAACUGGUGGAAAUUAUGUGGUUUUUUAGCAUGGCUAAAUGCUGUUUGUGUGAGAAAGGCAGAGCAAUGAAGCUACACCCUUACAUUUCUCCUCUUGGUGUAGAGCAAAUAUGGGAGCCCACACAGCUAGCAGGAGCUAGCAGGAGCUAGCUGUGUGCAGGAGCUUUAAUUUCACAACUGAAAAAUAAAAAACAAACUCAAGAAGCUGACCAAA